UAAUGGCUAUUAAACAUUCUCUUGUUGACUACUCAAAAAUUGUCAAUGAUUCUGAGCAUCGAAAUGGAUUCAUAAAGAAUGCAACAGACUUCAUUUUGGACAACAGAUUCGAUGGACUGGACUUAUUCUUGGAUCUCUCCACCAUAAGAGACCACAGUCACCACCCUGGGUCACUUUUUACUGAAAAAUAUUCUGACAAAGAUGCCAUAAUCCGCUUCGCAAAAGAGCUAAAACAGAGCCUGCAUGGAAAUAAUAAGACAUUAACUGCAGCAUUUACCGGCAUCAACACAGACCUAGCUAAAUCUCUGAAUGUUACCGCUCUAUCUGAACACUUGGACCUCCUGAACUUUGUGCCAAUGUAUGACUUUCGUGGCCAUUCUGGAAAUGUGGCCCUUGACACGCUGAAUGCAACAAAAACUGAACAAUUUUUCGACAAUUUGAUCAAAUCGAAUGUGUUGUCGUCUAAAAUCGUUAUUGGGGUAUCGUUUUUAGGACACUCAUUCACACAUAAAACCGACAGUAUUCAGUUCGAGGACACAUGGGGUGCGAGUCAUGCAUGUGAAAUGUCGAGAAAGCUUAAAGUUGCUAACUUAUUUAUUAAGAAGGGCCCACAACAGAAGACUGCCAAGUUUUAUAGUUUAGAGUCUGAACAUGCUGAUUCGAUUCGACUAAAAGUGGAAUUCAUUAAGAGUAGGAAUUUAGCGGGUAUCACAGCUUUUCCCGUUAAUUUUGAUGAUUUUCUUGAAGAAUGCGAUGAAAGUGAUUCGAAAAGUGCAUUUGCAGAUCAACAAAUUGCAUAUCCGCUUCUUUGGACCAUAAACAAAGCGAUUUCUAAAGCAUUUUUGCAAUCUCACGAGACUGAAGUGAAUAGAAAUUAAUAAAAAAGAAUGAGAAAGUGUUAUUAUAGAACUUAGAAUAGAAUCAAUAAAAUACAUUCGGAAA